ACAGUUCAAGGCUGUUCUAACAACCGCCAACAGUACUGCACUUGCUCCAAGAGUUUCAACAAUUUCGCAUUGGCAUUCCGUGUUUAGCACUCACAGAGUCUUGUUGUUUCGUGUGCGACAACUUUCAAAAAGUUUUAGAAAAAACAUUGUGUGUCCCUCGUGCGGUAUGCUCUACUAGAUCCACCGAAUUCGAAAAUUAGGCCUCCAAAUUUGAGGAGUGAAGAAGAAGAAACAUGGCGGAAGCCCAUUCAGCUGUCGCUUUCUCAUUUUCCAUCACCCACGAAGGCUGGGAUGUCAACUUCGACAGGGAAGUCCUUCACCUGGUGUGGCAAUCCGGUAUUCGCUCGUGGAAAAAGCGAAUCGCCAGGUUUCAGAAUAGCAUCCACAACGGUGUUUAUCCUGGACAUCUGUGGAGCUUAUGGUUGAUAUUUUCCAUUGUAACGGCUGUGCAUUUUAUGGACAGGGCGGUUCCAUUUGAUCUAGCUGCAAAAUUUUUAUAUUUAUUUAACGAUACAUCGACACGAUGGCACUUCAUUGCGUGCUUUUUAACGGCCCUAAUUUAUUGGUUAACUGUAAUAUUCACCCUUAGAUACACAUUAAAGUUAUUACUUAUGUACAAGGGUUGGAUGUAUGAAGCGAGAGGUAAAGGCAAUAAAACAUCUUUGCCUACGAAAAUAUGGUUCAUAUGUGUUAGAAUUUUUAGCGGCUGGAAUCGGCCAAAACUUUACAGUUUCCAAGGUUCGCUUCCACGUUUACCUCUGCCUGCCUUGCACGACACCAUGACUCGAUAUUUACGGAGCGUUCGUCCGCUCCUCGACGACAAAAACUACCAACGUAUGGAGCGUCUCGUCUCGGAAUUCGAAAAAGGCAUCGGGAAGAAACUCCAACGUUAUUUAUGGUUGAAAUCCUGGUGGUCAAGUAACUACGUCUCGGAUUGGUGGGAAGAAUAUGUGUAUUUGCGUGGGCGUUCCCCCCUCAUGAUCAACUCGAAUUUCUACGGGAUUGAUGCGAUUUUCAUGACCCCGACUUCAAUUCAAGCUGCGAGGGCUGCAUCUGCAAUUAAUUCGUGUCUUGUAAUGCGAAGAUUGGUCGAACGACAGGAAUUGGAACCGAUGAUGAUUCAAGGAGUUGUCCCGUUGUGUUCCUGGCAAUAUGAGAGGAUUUUCAAUACGACGAGGAUUCCAGGAAUGGAGACUGAUAAAAUACAACAUUGGCAAGAUUCGAAUCAUAUUGUGGUCUAUCACAAGGGGAGAUAUUUUAAAGUUGUGAUUUACAAAGGGAGGAUUUUGAAACCGUGCGAAAUUCAAGUUCAGAUUGAGCACAUUUUGAACGACGAAUCGGAGUCUUUACCCGGGGAAGAGAAAUUAGCGGCGUUGACGGCGGGUGAGAGGACCCAUUGGGCUAACGUUCGUCGUAUGUUUUUCACCAAAGGUGUCAAUAAAACAUCGUUGGAUAUUAUCGAAAAAGCGGCGUUUGUGGUCGCGCUUGAUGAUAUUCCCUACGAGUUUGAUCAGAAAGAUCCGUCCAAAUUGGAUAACUACGGGAAAAUCCUCCUCCAUGGUAAGGGUUACGACCGAUGGUUCGACAAAUCGUUCACUUUAUGUGUUGGCACCAAUGGAAGGAUUGGGUUCAAUGCUGAGCACUCGUGGGCUGACGCAGCAGUGAUUUCCCAUGUAUGGGAAUGGGUGGUAACGACCCAGAUCCACGAGACUCGGGCUGACGCUGCGAUUAUCGUUCAUUUAAUGGAGCUUCUGAUUCUCGAUGAGCGAACCGAACGAUAUGACAAAACCGGAAAUGCGCUCGGCAAACCGGAACUAACCCCGCCCACUCCGACACGCCUCAAUUGGGAAAUCCGUUUCGAGUGUCAAGAAGCCAUCGAUAAGAGCAUGAAAAUCGUGAAAAGUCUCAUCGAAGACAUCGACUUGCGUAUCUACGUCCAUGACCACUAUGGGAAGGGUUUCAUUAAGAAAUGUCGGUUGAGUCCCGAUGCCUACCUCCAGAUGGCGCUUCAAUUGGCUUAUUACCGCGAUGCUGGGAGAUUUGACUUGACCUAUGAGGCUAGUAUGACUCGACUUUUCCGCGAAGGUCGUACCGAAACGGUACGCCCAUGUACCAUCGAAGCAUCCAGAUGGGUUAAGGCCAUGGAGGAUGCGAAGAGUACCACCGAGGAGAGGAUCCAGCUGUUGAGGGCGGCGUGCGAGAGACACCAGAUUAUGUACCAGGACGCGAUGUGUGGCAGGGGUAUCGAUAGGCACUUGUUUUGUCUUUACGUGGUGUCGAAAUACCUCGAAGUGGAUUCGCCCUUCCUCCAGGAGGUGUUGAGCGAGCCGUGGAGGUUGUCCACGUCGCAGACGCCCCAUGGACAGACCGGGAGGAUGGAUCUCAAUAAGCACCCCAAUUGUAUAUCAGCUGGUGGGGGGUUUGGUCCAGUCGCCGAUGAUGGUUAUGGUGUCUCUUAUAUCAUAGCAGGCGAAGAUAUGCUUUUUUUCCAUGUGUCAAACAAGAAAAGCAGCACUAAAACGGAUUGCCACCGAUUUGCUAGAAGAAUAGAAAAGGCACUUGCCGACAUGAAGGCACUCUAUACUGAUCAUAAAUCUCAGAAUGGUAACAAAUAAGUUUUUUUGGGAUCUAAUUAGGACAAUCUCCAAGGUGGUAUUCGGUUUUUAGGUUAAGAAACUUAAGUUAUUGCCGAGUUUGGCGAGCAUUAGGCACAAAUUUGGUUGCUGCAAUUUAUUGUUUUAUUGUUUGAACUCUUGUUUAAAAAUAGUUACUUUUGCUAAUGAGUGUGAGUAUUAUCUCUACUAUUGUCUAGUUAUGCAAGGAUCAAUGCAAAUAUUUGAAUUUAUUAAUUAAUCAAUUUUGUUUUUUACUGUAAAAAUGAUGUGGACCUCUAAUCAAUUGUACCUACAUUUUUAUGAAUCAAUAAAGAAUAUUUGAUAGCAAA